AUGGCGGCAGCUGCUCUUCCCGUCAUUGACGUCUCCCCGCUCUUUGGCGGCGGCGGCGGCGUGGCGGAGGUCGCCGCGAAGAUCGACGAGGCGUGCCGCACGUGGGGCUUCUUCUACGUGGUGGGGCACCCCAUCCCACGUGAGCGGUUCCAGGAACUGACCCGGAUGGCGAACAGCUUCUUCUCGCUUCCGCUGGAGGAAAAGCUCGAGAUUGAUAUCAAGAAGAGCCGGCACCACCGCGGGUAUGGCGAGGUGCUUGCGGAGCAGCUGGAUCCCGCGGCGCCGCAGGAUUACAAGGAAACGUUUGACAUGGGCUGCCACCUGCCGGAGGAUCACCCUGACGUCGUCGCAGGCAAGCCCCUGCGCGGGCCGAAUCGGCACCCCGCACAGCUCAAGGGCUGGCGGGAGCUGAUGGAGAGGCACUACCGCGACAUGCAUCAGUUCGCCCUCGGUCUCCUGCGUGCCCUUGCGCUGGCGAUUGGGAUCGACGCGGAGUUCUUCGCCUCCCGCUUUGUGGAGCCGCUGAGCGUGUUCCGCAUGAUCCAUUACCCUGCCCUGCAGGAGGGAAGAGGCACACGGUUGGUGUGCGGCGAGCACACGGACUACGGCGUCCUGACGCUGCUCUACCAGGACACGAAUGGGGGCUUGCAGGUGCGUGGCUUGUCCGGCGGCUGGAUCGACGCCCCGCCGCUGGAGGGCAGCUUCGUGGUGAACGUCGGGGACAUGAUGCAGAUGUGGAGCAACAACCGCUACCGCUCCACCCCGCACCGCGUCGUCAACCCCGGCACCGACCGCAUCUCCAUGCCGUUCUUCUGCGAGCCCAACCCCGACGUGGUGAUCUCGUGCCUCGGCAACUGCCACUCCGCGGCAAACCCCGCCAGGUACCCAGCCCGUCAAGGCCUCUGA